GAAAAGAUAAUGGCAGCCGGCAGGACUAAAAAAUGAAAAUAUAUUGUUUAUCUAUUUAUUAGUUUGAUUUUGAUAGUUUCAACUUUCAACUCGCGCGUGUGAAUAGCGUCUGCUAUUAUUUUAAAUUUUAAAAGAACGAUCAUCAAAUAACAUACAUAAUCAUGGCUACUAUGCCGGUAAAUCCAAAACCAUACCUUAAUGGUCUUAUGGGUAAAACCAUAAUCGUUAAGCUUAAAUGGGGUCAUGAAUACAAAGGAUUUUUGGUGUCCACUGACAAUUAUAUGAACAUACAAUUAGCUAGUGCUACAGAAUUUGUGGAGGGUAGUGAACCAGCUCUAUUAGGCGAAAUUAUGAUUAGGUGUAAUAACGUUCUUUACAUCAGAUCAGUUGAUGAUGAAAAUGAAGAGGCUGAUGCAGAGAUGAAAGAAUGAAUUAGGUAUUAAAAACUCAACCAAAUUUUCAAAAUAAAUUUAAUUUUACUUUAAUAUAUAUAUAUAUAUGUAUAAACUAAGACAUUAGUAUUAAAUUAUAAAUAAAAUUAAAUACUUUUGUUUAUGUUUUUCUAUUUAUAUUUGGGUUAAAAAAAAAGUAUACUGGUACCUAUUCAGUGGCAAAGCCAUACAUAGUUGCCACAGCCCUGGAUGACCGGACUCCGACAUAAUUAGGGCUUCCAUAUAUUACUGCUAUACAGUCAUAUAAUACAAUUUAUUCAUAUCAAUCAACAUUCAUUAAAUACUUAUAGCCUUAUAGUACCUAUAGUUUAAUUAUAAUCUUAAAAAAUAAAUGGAAUAUAAAAAAAUUAAAUUAACAAUUUAAGUUGAGAGGUCCCACCAAAUAACUCCCUGAAAUGUCUAAGUAGUGUUCUGCCGAGUGGCCUCAUUUAGACCGCGCAAGGUGUACAUUUGUAUAUUUGAAAGCCAAUAUUAUUGUGAUUUAGCCCAUUUUUUAAAUUGGUAGGCCUGAAAAAUGGAUUAAUUCCAGGCAGUGUUUGUGGCCUGCAAAAAAAA